ACGCACAGACCGACGGACGGAGCAGCCGAGGCUGCCGCGCAUCUCCGACCCGCCCGGACGCAGCGCUCGCCCGGCGGCGGCGGCGGCGGCGAUCACCGGCUCCGGUCCGGCGGCCGCAGCGCCCGCCCGCGCCCGCGCCCCAUGGGGUCACAGGGCCUGUAGAAGAGGCAGCACCCGGCUUCCCGAUGAACAACCGGAAGGAAGAUAUGGAAAUCGCGUCCCACUACCGGCACCUGCUGCGUGAGCUGGACCAGCAGAGGCAGCACGGCGUCCUGUGUGACGUGUGUGUCGUGGUGGAGGGCAAGGUCUUCAAGGCGCACAAGAACGUGCUGCUCGGCAGCAGCCGCUACUUCAAGACGCUGUACUGCCAGGUGCAGAAGACGUCCGAGCCGGCCACGGUCACGCACCUGGACAUCGUCACGGCCCAGGGCUUCAAGGCCAUCAUCGACUUCAUGUACUCCGCCCACCUGGCCCUCACCAGCCGCAACGUCAUCGAGGUGAUGUCCGCGGCCAGCUUCCUGCAGAUGACGGACAUCGUGCAGGCCUGCCACGACUUCAUCAAGGCCGCCCUGGACAUCAGCAUCAAGCCGGACGCCUCGGACGAGCUCUCGGAGUUCGAGGUGGGCGCCCCGCCGGGCAGCGGCGCGGACGCGCUCAUCUCCGCCGUCAUGGCCGGGAGGAGCAUCUCCCCGUGGCUGGCGCGGCGCGCGAGCCCCACCAACUCUUCCGGAGACUCGGCCAUCGCCAGCUGCCACGAGGGAGGGAGCAGCUACGGCAAAGAGGACCAGGAGCCCAAGGCCGACGGCUCGGACGACCUGUCCUCGCAGUCGCUGUGGCCGGGCGACGUGGGCUACGGGCCGCUGCGCAUCAAGGAGGAGCAGGCCUCCCCGCCCCCCUACGGGGGCGGCGAGCCGGCCGCGGCCCAGGACGGGGCGCCCCAGCACGCCUUCCCCGAGCAGGCCGGCGGGGACGGCUGGCAGCCCACAGGCCGGAGGAAGAACCGGAAAAACAAGGAGACCGUCCGGCACAUCACGCAGCAGGUGGAGGACGAGAGCCGGGCCGGCUCCCCGGUGCCGUCCUUCCUGCCGACCUCCGGGUGGCCGUUCAGCAUCCGCGACUCAAGUUCCGACCUGACCGUCACCGAGGCCGGCGGCUCUGACAGCCGAGGGGAGCGGGCGGACCUCUACAGCCAUGUGGACGAGGGCCUCCUGGGGGCCGAGGCCGGCUACCUGGGCCCGCCCCUCACCCCCGAGAAGGACGAGGCCCUGCAGCAGGCCACCGCCGUGGCCAACCUGCGGGCGGCGCUCAUGAGCAAGAACAGCCUGCUGUCGCUGAAGGCCGACGCGCUGGGGGACGACAGCUCCCUGCUGCUGGAGUACCUGCCCAAGGGCACCCACUCCCUGUCCCUGAACGAGUUCACGGUCAUCAGAAAGAAGUUCAAGUGCCCGUACUGCAGCUUCUCGGCCAUGCACCAGUGCAUCCUGAAGCGCCACAUGCGCUCGCACACGGGCGAGCGGCCCUACCCCUGCGAGAUCUGCGGGAAGAAGUUCACGCGCCGCGAGCACAUGAAGCGGCACACGCUGGUACACAGCAAGGACAAGAAGUACGUGUGCAAGCUCUGCAGCCGCGCGUUCAUGUCCGCCGCCAGCGUGGGCAUCAAGCACGGCUCGCGGCGCCACGGCGUGUGUGCCGACUGUGCGGGCCGCGGCGUGGCCGGCCCGCUGGACGGCGGGGGCGCCGAGGGCUCCCCAGAGCUCUUCGCGGGCGACGGGCCCUACCUGGAGGACCCCGACGACCCUCGGGGGGAGGGCGAGGAGGAGCUGGGCGAGGAGGAGGACGAUGUCGGCCUGGCCCAGGAGGACGCGCUGCUGGGGGACGACAAGGACGAGGCGGGGUCGCCGCGGGGGCCGCCCAGCCCCCCGGGGGCGCCCGACAAGGACUUCGCCUGGAUCUCCUAG